AUGAUUACAAGAUUAAGUAAACAGUUCGUACCACGAUUGAGUCGUUCAAUAACGAAUAACUCCUUCAAUUUAUUCCCUAGACGAGUUAAGGAGAUAAGCGAAGAAGAGGUGAAAAGAUUUUACGAAAAACGUAAAAAUGUGAAUCCUUCAACGUUUAAUACUGGUGAUCCUAAUCAGUUUUAUUAUCAUGACCAACCAAAGACUUCACCAACCGAUAGGUAUAGUGUUUUCAAUAGCCCACCUAAUGACAAUGGGAUAAUUACCUCCAGUGAUGGUAUUUAUGAUAUCUUAAGGGAACCUACGUUGGUUAUUGAAAGACAAAUUGAAAUGAUGAAUGUUAUUGUAGGUUUUGAACAAGCUAAUAAGUAUAAGAUCAUGAAUGCCAUGGGUGAACAAUUAGGUUAUAUGGAAGAAAAGGAUUAUGGAAUAUUCAAGAUGAUUGGUAGGCAAUUUUUCAAGUUACAUAGACCGUUUGAAAUUGAAGUUUUCAAUAAUUAUGGGGAUUUACUAAUGGUCAUUAGAAGACCAUUCUCUUUUAUUAACAGUCAUAUCAAGAGUUAUAUCCCGGGAAUUAAUGAUCAUGGAGAAUUGGAAUUAGAAUGUGUUGGAGAAUCAGUACAAAGUUGGCAUUUAUGGAGACGUAGGUAUAAUUUAUUCAAAUUAGACGAUGAUGUUUCUAACGAAUAUAACCAAUUCGGAGCAAUUGAUGCUCCUCUAUUAUCAUUCGAUUUUCCUGUUAAAAAUGAAAACGAGGAAGUUAUAGCGUCUGUUGAUAGAAAUUGGGUUGGUUUGGGUAGAGAAUUAUUCACCGAUACUGGUGUUUAUAUCAUUAGAAUGGAUCCUGCCAGUUUUGAUGGAAUGGGUGAUAUGUAUCCAUCAGUCGCUGGUCCUUUAACUUUAGACCAAAGAGCUAUUUUGUUGGGUAAUGCUGUCAGUAUCGAUUUCGAUUACUUCUCGAGACAUUCAAGAGGUGGGGGUGGAUUAUUCAGUUUUGGAAAUUAUGAAUAG